AUGGGUCGGAAUUCACAAUUUCGACCGGAUCGCGAGCCAUUACAGGAUCAUCCAGCCCUAGAGCUUCGUCGAAGUCAUGUCUCUGGUCCAUUCUCAUUCCUGAAUCCCACCUGGGCCUGGUACGCGCCCACUACCGACAGCCAGGGGGGCCCCUCUCCUCCAGCACACGUUCAGCAUCUCUGGCGUUCUCGCGAUAAUCGCAAGGGGCGCCAUGCAUUACGUGUCGACUAUCGCAUAUCUCCACGUGAAUCGGAGUUUGUGUCCCCACCGCCAACCUCCACUUGGCAGGCGGUUGCAAGGGGUAUUCUCCGCAUGGCAACCCACGCGCCUUAUUGGGAUGUAUCUUACCUGGUCGCGGUAACAUUCACUCUCGGGUCGGUAAUCUGGAUCAUCAAUGCAUUUUUCGUGUGGUUGCCUCUCGCAGACCCGACAACUGAGUUUCCCGGAGAGUCUCUAAAGGGUGGGGGUAUCAGUGCGUUGAUUGGUGCAACUGUCUUCGAGAUCGGGAGCGUGCUUCUGCUACUGGAGGCAGUCAAUGCAAACCAAACAGGCUGUUUCGGCUGGGCGCUUGAAACGGAGUUGAAGAAGGCUGAGAGUAAUGCAUCGCAAUCUGUUACAGCCACUGAAAUCAAGCCCACCCCGCUUGAAUGUCGUCACCACCAUGCGAACAAGAAAAAUCUCGUCGGAGCAGGAAGACAUUUAGAUCGACAUAUUUCUCACGAUGCUGACGCUGGAUAUACGACCUCAUCCCCGACUACUGGUCAAUCAUUCCGCUGGAUACCAUCGUGGUCGGAACUCAAGUCGCAUUACAUACAUGAGCUGGGAUUCCUUGCAUCUCUUGUGCAAUUUAUUGCGGCUACAAUCUUCUGGAUCGCCGGAUUCACUGGAAUGCCUGGUAUCAACAACCAUUUGAGUCAAGGGCUUGCAGAUGGAGUGUACUGGGUCCCUCAAAUAGUUGGUGGGAUAGGGUUCAUCACAAGUGGCCUACUGUUCACUUUGGAAACCCAGGAAAAGUGGUACAAACCAGCAUUCCAUGUGUUAGGAUGGCAUAUUGGUGCUUGGAACUUUAUCGGGGGUAUUGGAUUUACUCUUUGCGGUGCGCUGGGCCCAGCGAUUGGUCAUCAUGGUAUUGAAUACCAGGCGACGCUGGCUACAUUCUGGGGAUCGUGGGCCUUCAUGAUUGGGUCUACAAUUCAAUGGUUUGAAAGCUUACAGAAACAUCCGAUUGAGAAGAAAGGGAAUCCCAAGAUAGCACCUUCUGAUGAGAAUGGUCAAUAG